AUGUCUGUUUCAUUAGAAAAACCAAGUUCUCUGGCCAGUCGGUUUCGGGAUGCUCUUCCUUCUGUCUUCAAAAAGUCCCGCAAUAGUGAGAUUUGGGGGGUUGAUAUAAAGCACGCGGAGUGGCAGGUAGUGGAGAUGUUUUGGAAAAGCCAUUCAGCAAUCCCUGCACUUCAGCUCCCUAGGGCAAUUGCUUCACUCGAAAAUACCCUGGAAUGGCGAUGUUUCUCUGAGCCAAGGGACCUGCUUGCUAAAGCCAAAUCCAUCCAUUCAGACCUGAACAUGUGCCACAUUACUUUAGAUCAAGAUCAAUAUGUGUUGUGGGUUAGUAUUGAUGAGGUGGCUAUUAAGGCAUACACGACAAUACAUCAAAGCCUGGGGACGGCUUAUGGGUUGAUGAAGCCAGGCCUUGCCGUGAUAGAAAAGCUCUCCACGCUUCUUCUACAUGCAGCCGCUAGUUCUGAUCCACCUGACUAUUCGGCUUCCUGCGUGGUUGAAUUCAAGACACACCAUGCCAAUCAAAAUACCAAGAGAGGACAGCAGCCCUAUCAGCAAACGUUCUGCAAGGCCCUCAAAGAUCUGGCGACACUCAUUCGAUAUCACUAUCCUAGUAUUCUGGGGAAGGCGUACAUCAUCAAUCCUCGUGAGGAAUAUCUCGUCUCUCUUGAUAUCGACGAAGCUCUCUUAAGGAAUACAACAAUACUAGCGAAUCCAGAGGACCUUGCUCUGCAUCUUGGCUCACAAAUUCCACCUCGAUAUGGCGGUACUGGGAAAUCCUUUGCAGAAUCUGAUUUUCUCCAUAGGGAUUCAGAAGAAAGCACCAGUCUCGAGACGCCAGAAGUCGGUGGUGCAGCAGCAGCAGUAGCAGCAUCAAGUACUGAGAUCGAGAAAACCGAGGCGGACAAAGAAACUACAGCGUCUUCCACUUGCACCUCCCCCAAAGAAGACUUGGAAACAGAAGAGCAGCCAAAACUCCGCUUAAUUUAUUCAGAAACCAUUGGACCUCCAUCCAUCAUACUCGACCCUGACGACUUGCACACAGCAGAAGAUCUUUGCCCUGACAAAAUGGGCGCGCGUGUUUGUUUCGCAGAUUCAGAUAUGGUUGUGAAAUUCGGCCAUGGGGUUGGGCUGGGCGAAGCCGAAGCGUUGCACUUGGCAUCUACCCGCACGACUAUUGUUACCCCAAAACUUCUCAGUGCAUAUAUUCUUGACGGGGUUGGAUACAUUGUAAUGUCCUACGAGAGGGGCGAGCCACUCAACCAAUACUGGGACCGUGUUUCGCCAGAGGAGCAAAAUCGUGUAUUGGAGACGUUACGAGACUACGUGAACCAGAUGCGCGAGAUCCCAGGAGAUUUCAUCGGCCCACUUGAUAGAUCACCGUGUCGCGACGGCAUCUUUGAGGCUGGCUAUGGUGAUUACACGCGGUACAGCUACGGGCCAUACGAAUCAGAGGAAAGCUUUGACGAGGGAAUCAUUCAAGCGUUAAGAGAUCGGUUUCCCCCAAAAGUAUUUGACGAGCAUCGUGAAGACGACAUGGAAUCGACAUUUUUUAAUGGAGAAUACAUGCUGUACCAAACGGUGCGAGAGCUGAAAAACCACAAGAUCGUGUUUACCCACGCGGAUCUACACCCAGGCAAUAUUAUUGUGCGGGCUGACGGCACUGUUGUGCUGCUGGACUGGGGGCUGGCGGGAUUUUGGCCAGAGUAUUGGGAGUUUUACCGUGCCAUGAAUAGUAUACCGUGGAGAACGUCGUGGGAUCGCAUGGUGGAGAAAUUUAUCCCGCCUUUUUAUAUUGAGUAUAGUGUGAUGAAGAGGGUAUUUGGGACUGUGUGGAAUUAA